AUGUUUGUAGACGGUUUAGCUCACUAAAAAGGAAUUAAAGUAGAAAGGAAAAAUUAGGAUCCGUAAAACAUUAUAAAAGGAGGGUCAAGGUGUUCUGUUUUGUUUCAUUCACACAUUCAUCAACACUUUCAGCUACUUUAAAUUUGCUUCGACUCAUACCUUGUGAUCUUUCUUGUGUCUUUCGAUACAUAAUGGCGACCAGAACAAGAAUCUUCAGCUUUGUGUUCGUGAUGAUGAUGAGCUUCACGGUUCUCUUGAGUUCCUGCUCGGCGAGGGUCUACAAAGUUGGAGACUCCGAGGGAUGGAUUGCAAAGGACGAUGUCUAUUACGCUUGGGCCGAAACUGACUAUAAGGAGUUCCACGUGGGAGAUUCUCUCAUCUUCGAAUACGACCUCAGCUUCAACGAUGUGACUCAAGUCUCUGGCGCUUUGGAAUACGAGUUAUGCGAUUAUUCUUCUCCUAAAGCCGUCUACAACACAGGACACGAUGUGGUGACUCUCACGAAACCAGGUUUUCACUACUUCAUCACUUCAAACCAAACUCAAUGUGUAUUGGGACAGAAGCUUGAAGUUCUUGUCACCCAUGACCCCUCAAGUCCGGUUCCACCACCAACACCUAGCAAAAUCCUUCCUGUCGGAACAACGUACAAAGUCGGAGACUCGGAAGGAUGGAAAGUCUAUGAUAGUGACUUCUAUAACAAGUGGAGUGAGGAGAAACAGUUUCAUGUUGGAGAUUCUCUGCUUUUUGAGUAUGACAACGAAGUCAAGGACGUCUAUGAAAUAAGCGGUGACCUAGAAUUCAUGACCUGUGAUCCAACAUCUCCUGUUCCUGUGUACAAGACAGGACACGAUCUUGUUAGGCUUACGGAACCAGGAGUUCAUUACUUCAUAACUUCACAGUCUGCUUCUUGUGAAGCUGGGCUUAAGCUUCGAGUGAUGGUUGGACCAGAACCCAAAGCUGUUGCUUACCCUAAUUUUCCCAAGAAGGUGGACUUGUCAGCUAUGGAACGCCUCAAUAACUGGUUGAAGACUUUCAAACCCCAACCCCAUCAUUGAACACAUUUAACCACCGGCUUGGAGCUAUUGUUGUCUCUUUCUCUUGUCUCGUUUAACUUCUUUACUGCUUUGUUUCGAGAAUACUUCUUCUCUGUUGUUACCAUCGUUGUAUAAUAAG